CAGCAGCAUGAACCUGAAGAAGUACUUCAUUCGGGCGCUGCACCGCCUGCAGAAGGGCCCUGGUUACACCUACAAGGAGCUGCUGGUCUGGUACUGCGACAACACCAACACCCACGGCCCAAAGCGCAUCAUCAAAGAGGGGCCAAAGAAGAAAUUAAUCUGGUUCUUCCUAACGCUGCUCUUUGCGUCUCUGGUCUUCUGGCAGUGGGGCAUCCUCAUUAACACCUACCUCUCCUAUAACGUCACGUCAUCUCUCUCUAUUGGCUUUAAGACCAUGAAGUUCCCAGCAGUCACGGUCUGCAAUGCCAACCCUUUCAAAUACUCAGAGGUGAAGCAUCUGCUGAAAGAACUGGACAGGCUCAUUGAAGUGGCGCUGGAGAGGAUCCUGCAGCCCGCGCCGGGGAACAGCAGCGAGAACGCUUCCCCGCCGCUCGACCUGGAGCUCUGGCACCAGAUACCGCUGGUCCUCAUCGACGAGCACGACAAAGACAACCCCGUCAUCGUGGACAUCUUCGAGAGAAAUCAGACUGCUCUGGGCAACCAGACUGCUGGGGGCAACCAAACUGCUGCGGGCAACCAAACGGCUGCUCCACCUGCCCAAGCCAACACGACAUCAGAAGAAAAGAAGUACAAGCUGGCAGUGAAGCUGUGCAGCCAUCAGGGCUCCGACAACUGCACCUACAGGAACUUCACCAGCGCGGCACAGGCGGUGACCGAGUGGUACAUCCUGCAGUCCACGAGCAUCCUCUCCAAAGUCCCGCUGCAAGAGAGAAUCAGGAUGGGCUACCAGGCAGAAGACAUGAUCCUGGCGUGUCUCUAUGGGGCCGAACCCUGCAACUACAAGAAUUUCACCCAAAUCUAUCACCCAGACCACGGUAACUGCUACAUCUUUAACUGGGGCAUGGACGAAGAGGCUUUGAAUUCUUCCAACCCUGGAGCCGAGUUUGGGCUGAAGCUAAUUCUGGACAUCAGCCAGCAAGACUAUAUCCCCUACCUGUCAUCUGCUGCCGGGGCCAGGCUCAUGCUGCAUCAGCAGAAGAGCUUCCCCUUCCUUAAGGAUCAGGGCAUCUAUGCAAUGGCUGGGACGGAAACCUCCAUCGGCGUGUUAGUGGAUGAACUGGAACGGAUGGGCUAUCCCUACAGUGACUGCACCAUGAACGGGUCUGAUGUCCCCGUAAAAAAUCUCUAUAGCCAAUACAACACUUCCUAUUCCAUACAGGCUUGCCUGCGCUCUUGUUUCCAAAAUCACAUGAUUGAAAUCUGUGGAUGUGGUCACUAUAUGUUUCCUUUACCUGAAGGGGUGAAUUAUUGCAAUAACGAAGAUAACCCAGGUUGGGCAUAUUGCUAUUCAUCACUGAGAUCAAGUAUAAGACACAGACAGAUUUGUAUUGACUCUUGUAAGGAAACAUGCAACGACACGCAGUAUAAGAUGACCAUCUCCAUGGCAGACUGGCCGUCUGAAGCUUCGGAGGACUGGAUUUUCCAUAUUCUGUCUUAUGAAAGGGAUAUGUCAACAAAUGUGACUCUGGACAGAAACGGGAUCAUCAAGCUGAACAUUUACUUCCAGGAGUACAACUACCGCACCAUCUCGGAGUCUGCCGCCACGACGAUCGUUUGGCUGCUGUCGAGCCUGGGAGGCCAGUUUGGGUUCUGGAUGGGGGGCUCGGUGCUGUGCCUCAUUGAGUUCGGGGAAAUCAUCAUCGACGCGCUGUGGAUCACCGUUAUCAACAUGAUCAGCUGGUGCAAAGGCCUGAAGCAGAAGCGGGUGCAGGCGCGGUACCCGGAUGCACCCCCGACAGUGUCGGAGCUGGUGGAGGCUCACACCAACCUGGGCUUCCAGCACGAGGACACGGAUGCCCUGCCCAGGGACGAGGUGCUGCCCCCCGAGCCCGGCACCCCCCCGCCCAACUAUGACUCGCUGCGCGUCCAGCCCCUCGACGUCCUCGGUCCAGACAGUGACGCAGAAACCGAGUGAGCAGCGCACCCUG